AUGAGUGAACAGAAGGAGCCUCAAGAAGGAAGCAUUAUUCAGGCGUUUAAGUCGUUAAGAACGGACGAUUUCGUUCGUAUGCUUCAUCAUCCAUGCUUUAAAGAAUCCGCUAUUACGAGUGUUCUCUGCGGUCUUGGUGUAGGUUGCAUCCAUUUGUUUAUGAAAGCACCUCGUAGUAAAGCUUUAAAUUGGGGAUUCGGCACAUACUUUGGAAUGAGUUUGGUUUCAUGGGAAGGAUGUAAUUAUCGUAAGCAAUUGGAAACUCAAAACUUCAACAUCCAAAUUCAAGAAGCAGCACAAGGACUCCCCAAGCAUCGGACAUCACGACCUACUGAAAAUGAUGAUUCAAAAGAUGCUUAA